AUGGAAGUACAACUGUUGCUGCCUACACAAAGCGCCAUCGACCGCAACAUGCAGCAAGCUACGACCCAGAUUGGAUCAGCGGCCUCUACCGCCAUAUCAGAAAGUUUAAGUGCCAUCCAAAAAAGUUUGGAAGAGCAGAGUACAUUGGAAGCAUUGACAACAUGGCUCGUCGAAAAGCUUAUAGAGAGGCAACAAAAAGGCUUGAUGGCGGUGAUCCAGUCGUGGACCGGGUCACUCCUUUCACCAAGG